UGGUGUUCCCUUUUUUCUUCUUCAACAUCACAUUUUACUAUAAUUAAAUGUUCAAUCCCAAGUGAUAAUCAAGAAUUCAAGAAUCCAAUUAAUGGAAAUGUUGUGAAAUUGAAUUUGUUAAAAUCCAAUAAUAAUGGUCAUCAUGUUGCAACAAAAACUUCAUUUUCUCCUUGUGAUGAAACUUUGUACAAUAUUCCAAUGUCACAAAUAAGGCAAAAUAUACCAACAAAGAAACAACUUGUGGAUACUUAUAGACAAGGAAUUAUUGUUGAAGGUGCAUAUAGACAAACAGUUGUUAUAAGGUCUUAUGAAGUUGGUCCUGAUAAAGUUGCUACUAUUGAAAGUAUCCUUAAUUUACUUCAGGAAACAGCAUUGAAUCAUGUGUGGAUGUCAGGACUACUUAGUGAUGGAUUUGGUGCUACACAUGGGAUGAUGAAAAAUAACCUCAUAUGGGUUGUUUCAAGAAUGCAAGUUCAAAUAGACCAUUAUCCAAUAUGGGGUGAAGUAAUAGAGAUUGAUACAUGGGUUGGAGCAUCAGGCAAAAAUGGGAUGAGACGCGACUGGCAAAUUAGAAGUCAAGCCACAGGCCUUGUAUUUGCCAGAGCAACCAGUACAUGGGUGAUGAUGAACCAGCAAACGAGGCGUUUGUCAAAGAUGCCGGAAGAAGUGAGGGCUGAAAUCUCACCAUGGUUCAUCAGUAAACAAGCCAUCAAAGAGGAAAAUCCUAUUAAGAUAGAGAAGUUGGAUGACACUGCUAAAUAUGUCCUUUCAAAUUUGAAGCCAAAGAGAAGCGAUUUGGACAUGAAUCACCAUGUAAAUAAUGUGAAAUACGUUCGUUGGAUGCUAGAGACAAUUCCUGACCAUUUUUUGGAGAGUUAUCAGCUGUCUAGCAUCGUGCUCGAAUACAGGAGAGAAUGUGGAAGCACGGAUAUCGUUCAAUCCCUUUGUGAACCUGAUGAAGAGGUACUUUUCGACGAUGUUGUUGUUGAUGUUGAUCAACAUAAGAGAAGAAUUAGUGUACUUCAUGGAUUUUCAUUGGCAUCAGGGCUUCUUGAAGCAAAUGGACUUCUUGAGUCAUUUAGUCAAAGGCCAUUUAGCUAUACACAUUUGCUUAAGAUAAAAGAACAGAUCAAGAAUGAAGAAAUUGUUAGAGGAAGGACUACUUGGAAGAGAAAGAUAUCUUCCAUGCCAUUUCCUACCUAA